GAGGGAUUUGCCUUCGCCUUCGACCUUUUCAUCCUUCUGCGUUUUCUUGUUUUCCCUAGAGGUUUCUUUUUUGAGUUUCGAUGGCAUUUGCAAGAUAGAUCGAUAUCAGGGCUGCCUCGUGUUCAAGUGUAAACGCCCGCCGGCUGGGCCUUUAAAAAACAGAAAAAAUCACAGUAGGCCCUGCGUCAUAUCGACCGCGCACCCUUCCCUGCCAGUCAACUCGGCACGCUGUUGUUGAGCGAAUUCAAAGUUCAUAAAAGGGAUUCCGUCUCUUUAAACGUCCUGUUGGUCCUCCCAUCACCUCGCUCGCCUUGGUGAAGGCAACUUAACAUAGCUAUCUCCUCACCACCACCGACCACGGUUCACGUUAAGAAUAGAACGUGCGGGUUCACUUGUGAUAGAGAAAUCCAGCGUUGAUCCCGCCUGCUUCGCCUCGCGACCCUUAUAUUGGCAUCGUUUUUUACGUCUUCCCCACAUCUUGCUCAGUUCGCUUGCUGCGUGACAGGGUUUCUCAUCCGCAUCUGGCAACCUUCGGCGGUUCUCGUUCCGCUCUCAGUUGAUUUUGCUCUCGACCAAUAUUCAUCCGUCUGCCGCUCAUAACUCCGACAAAGCCUAUCAUUCCUUUACACUGCCUUCAAUCCCACGUAAACAUGACGGUUGUCUCGGUUCAUUCAAACAGCAUGCACGCAUACGGAGCAGUUGCAAAAUCCGUCCUCCCAUCUGCAAAUCCAUGCGCCUUGGAGUCAACUGAGGGCAAACGAGCCGCUCGUGUCCUGCAUGCCAACGUUACCGCGAUAAGUUCAAAUCCUCUAGAAUCAUUACAUUCUGAGAACGGGCAGACAGGACGUCGUGUCCGCGUACAAGCCCCGGAAUGCAGAAGAGUGGAUUCAGGUUACUACUCGGGUGUCCCGAGCUCUGCCGAACGCGCAACACCGCCACCACGUAGCUCCAGUCUUGGAUUGUCGCUAGAUGAAGAUGCACCGUUACCUGCACCUUGUACCGUCACCCGUACCAGUAUACCCAUGCCCAGGAGCUAUCAGGUAACUGAGGUAUCCACACCCCGGUCGUUCUCGGUUUAUGGCCGGUCUGCACCAGAUCCAAUAAAUACAGCAUCACCACAAACAAUGAGUGAGCGAGAAUUUGCCAACAACCCACUUCACCCUCGCUUUUUGGCAAAGUACUCUAUUCAGGGCGAGCUGGGUUUUGGGGCGACGGGAUUUGUCGUGGCGGCGAGGCGGCUGGAGGACGGUCAGGCGGUGGCGGUUAAAUUCAUGUUCAAGGACAGAAUACCCGUGGAAAAUUGGUUGCGGGAUCGGCAGCUGGGAACCGUGCCACUAGAGAUUUUCAUCUUAAAGAGACUGGAUCAUGAGAACAUUGUCCGUUAUCUAGACUUUUAUGAAGACAAGAAGUUCUUUUACCUGGUGAUGGAAACACAUGGUAUACCAUGGGUGAACUUCAAAGACGAAAACACAGUGCCCUCACCAACAACUACUGCGGCUGCACUCAAAGCAAGAAGACCCAGUCGACGUGCUUCCCAGGACUUGUUUGAAUGCAUCGAGCAAAAUCCUUUUAUGCAAGAGCGCGAUGUUCGUCACAUCUUCUCCCAAAUCGCUACAGCGGUAGCGUAUCUUCACCAAAACAACAUUGUGCAUCGCGACAUAAAGGACGAGAACAUUGUCAUUGAUCUCUACAAGAACGUCAAGCUUAUCGAUUUCGGUAACGCUGCCUUCAUACCUCGUUCCGAACGCGACUAUUUUGAUCGAUUUUAUGGAACGAUGCAUUGUGCCGCCCCAGAGAUACUUCGUGGAGAAAAAUACCGGGGGCCUGAACAGGAUGUGUGGGCUCUAGGCGUGUUGCUCUACACACUAGCCUUCUCCCAGACACCAUUUAAGGAUGCUGCCGGCAUCAUGACGGGACGAUAUGCUACACCGCGAUUCUCGCGGAGCUCUCCUUUACUUGGGCUUCUGAGUUGUCUAUUAGAACCGAAUGUGGCCAAACGUGCUACCAUGGAUGACGUGCUGCGACAUGAGUGGAUCAGUGGACAAGGGACCGUGGUUUCGGUUGACUAGACGAUGAUGGAUCAUCGGUAAUCGCAUCCCUUGGUGCGAGAAUAUUCUGUACAUAGUUAUAUUUUUAGGUGGCGUGUAGUGAUCCUUUGAUUUUUUUCUCACGUUUUUGUAUGUGGUUAUGGAACAUUUUUUUUCAUGUUGAACAUUCGAAAUAAAAGUAGUACCUACC